AUGCCAGCUGUUCCCGGAAUUGGAUUGUUAAUUGGAGCUGACCACCUCUGGAAGUUCCUUACCGGAGAAGUUCAACGUUGCGAAGAAAACCAGGGGCUGGCAGCUAUCAACACAACAUUCGGUUGGACAUUCCAAGGCCCUUUCAGCGUGAACACCAGCUUUGUUGUGGCAUCAAAUGUCUGCGUCUUAAAGAUCGGCGUAGACACUGCAGAUAAUGUGGAAACGACGCUACAGAACUUUUGGGAAUUGGACGCCAUCGGCAUCUCAGAUAAAGCCCCAAAUACCAAAAUUGAGCAUACAGGCAAUGCCAAGAUAACAAAGAAAGCCGGGCGAUAUGAGGUAGCGUUGCCGUGGAAGAAAGAAGCAACAGAUCUGGCAGACAACCGGAAUAUGGCGGUGCAAAGGCUCAGAAAAUUGACAAACAAAUUGUGUCUCAACAAAGAACUCGCUCAGAAAUAUGACGAAGCAAUCCGAGUCUACCUGGAAUCGGGGCAUGCCGAACACGUGACGGAGUCAGCGACACAGAACCCAGUGUAUUACAUGCCGCACCAGCCAGUAAUUCGGAAUGACUCGACUACUACGAAACUACGAGUGGUGUUCGAUGCCUCAUCACAUGAGCCGGGACAAUCGUCAUUGAACGAGCAUCUCGAAAAAGGCGCGAACCUCAUCAGCGACUUGGGGCGAAUGCUGCUGCGGUUUCGUCUACACCGGCUGGCGCUCGUCGCAGAUAUAGAAAAGGCAUUUCUGCAGAUAUCGAAGUGCAACCUGAUGACAGAGACGCACUAA